AUGAAGGAGGAGGGCAAACCAUGGGCUGAGAUCAACGACAUGUGGGAGAUGAUCACCGGCAAGAAACCCGCCGAGUCAAUUCUCCCGAAUCAGUCGUGGGAGCCCCCAUCUGCACAGUGCAUACAUGCAGAUGCUGGUGCGUCCGGACGGACAGUCAGGGUACCGCUACGCCCGCCUGAAGGCCAACAUCAAGGCUUUGAGGCUAAGAAGACGGUCGAGGAGCUCCUUGAGCAGGAGAAGUGGAAUCCGACCGCCGCCGCCAUGAAGGAGCUGGGCACGGACGACUACACUAUGGGGCGCCUUCCUGCAGAAGCAGUUCAAGAAGCUUCAGGACGCUGGAGCUGCGACUACCGCUGCUACCGACCCGAUGGUAGUUGA